UUCCCAGUGGACACUAAAUUGUUGUAUUUUACAUUAGAAAAUAUUAUUUUUUUUUGUAUCAAGUAUUUAUAAGUAUUCAUUAAUAAUUUUUUAUUAGUAUCAUACAUUGACAUCCCAUAAUUUAAAUAAAACAAAAAAUUUUGAAAAUUAAAUUUAACUGAAGUUGAAUAGUUUUUAAUUUUAAAGAUACAAAAAUAUUAAUAACAAGUGAUAUACUUAUAAUUAUUAAAUGAACUGUUGAUAUAUGAAAUAAUAUAAAAAAUUUAAUUUAUAAAUAAAAAUUUUUUAUUAGCAAACCGGUAUCUUCAAUAUAAAUAAUUACUGAUGUACAGGGGGGCGUUUUAAAUCUAGAUGUAUUGAGGUCCUCUUGCGAUAUGAGUUUAUAAUCGUCGAUUUCACACUUAUUAAAUAAAUCAAAUAAUAUUUACGAUAAUUUAUAAUUUAAAAAAAAUAUUACCAUGAAUUUUUUAAAAAUUAUAGAAAAGUGUUGCACUUACAGUUAUUGUGAAUUUUAUCAAUAAUUAAUAUUCUCUUUUAAUACCUAUUUCCUCUAUUAAAUAAAUUAUUAAAAUGGAAGGAGUUAAUGGACAACUGCAGACUAAGUAUCAAAAAGUUGUUGCUGAAUAUUCAAAGAUACGUGCUCAAGCUAGUGUUCUAAAAAAGGCUGUGAUUGAUGAACAGACACGAAAUAGUGAAUUAAAAGAACAAUUAAAGGAAAAAGAUGUAUCGUUAAGACGCGCAGAACAAGAAUUAGAUAGUUUAAUUUUUCGUAAUCAACAAUUAACUAAGAGAGUUACUGUUUUACAAGACGAACUUGAUAAAUCGCAAAAUAAAUCGAAAAAAGGUAAAAGUAAAUCAUCUGAAAAUAAAGAUCAACCACCGCCACCACCACCCAAUCAUGUUUAUGUAGAAGAAUUUAAAAAAAAAAUUGUUGAAAAUGCACAGCUUCAAUCAGUUAUUUCUGAUAAAGAUAACGAAAUUGACGAGCUCAGUGAUAGAAUAAAACAUCUUGAGUAUAAACUUGAUUUGUCGGAAAAAUCUCGAAUUGAAUUAGACAGUAAAUAUCAAGAUAAAAUAGACAAAUUAGAACGAGAUAAAAAUGAAUUAAUUAAAAAAUUAAAUGAUCGUCAAAAACACGAUGAAACAGUUUCGUGGUCUAGUAUUGAGGGGAAAUGGAGUUAUGAUUGUGAUUUAAAAACAACAAUAACAAAUCAUCGUCAAGUUGAUCAUUCACCUUUUUCAUCACCUUCUGUUUCUCGUCGAUCAUCUAAAUCAAUUGGUGAUAUAAGAUUACAAAAAACACCAGAUUAUCAAGAUGAUACCAACAAUGAAUUUGAAUACUCGAAAAUUUAUGACUUAGAAAAAGAAUUAAGUCAAUAUAAAAGUGAUUAUUAUAUAUUGAAAAAUAAAUAUGAUGAAUUACAGGAAAAAAAUAAUUAUAUUUUACAGCAAACUGAUUCUAAUAAUUUAGAGUCUGUAGAAAUUAAUAAUAUGAUUGGAAGUUUGAAAGCUCCAUUUGCAUUACCAGAUGAAAUUGAAGCACGUGAAGCUAAAAUAAAAGAUUAUUUCCAACGAGAAAUUGAUAAAUUGAUAACAGAAAAACAAAUUUAUCAUGCGAAAAAUCUUGCCAUUGCUGCCAGUAAUCAAGUGAUGAGUGUUCAUUUAGAUACUAGUGAGGAAAAACGUAAAAAAUGUGAAACUGCUUUAUUGGAAGCUUUGUCGAAUUGGACAAGUUCACAAGAAGAUAAAGAAGUUCAAGAAGGAAGUUACACAAGUCAACUCAGCACAAUGACUGAACAUCUUGCGAAUAUGAAUGAGAAGCUCAUUCAGCAAACUGAAGAAAUACAACAAUUGAAAUAUGAACUCAGCAAUAAAAAUGAAAAAAAAGGAAAGCAAAAAUAAUUAUAAUUAUCACUAUUAUAAAAGGAUGACAUUCCAUUAAUAAAAUUAUUUAAUAAUUAAUGUAAAUAUAUAUGAAAAUGCAUAACAAAAAAUGGAAAAAAUAAUCAAAUAACUGGGUAUUAAUUUUGUUAAUACGUUUUUUUAAUUGAUCGUUAAUUUAGUAUAUACAUUUUUAUUUUUAUUCUUACUAAAUAAAGGAUAAAUUGAAUUAUCAAUUAAAUAAUAAAGUAAUAUCAACAAUAAAUUAUA